AUGUAUUAUAUACGUAUAAGUUCUGGGCCCGACCAGCGGGCACGCCACGGCCACGGCCACCUGGCGCCUGGGGGAGUGAUCCCCACUUCCCUACGCGAGGCUCCACGCCCGGGCCCUGGGCCCAGCCUCCUCCCGAGGGCUGCGGUGGGCCCUGGACUGUUACUGUCCCACCGCCCAGGAGGAACGGCUGCUGAGGCUCCGGGGGAUGGCACAACGCAGCUCUGCGGCUCCCGUUACCCGCUCGUGACCCGCAUCCGGCUCGACUCCAACCGGCAGCGCCACCCCGGCCCGGCCCGGUCCCCUCAGGCGAAUGACCUGGGCAGGGCAGGGCAGGGCAGGGCAGGGCAGGGCGAGCCUCACCACAGCCCCCGCCCCGCACCCAAUAGGAACCGGCCUUACUGUUGCCACGCGAACGGGGGAGCCUCUACCCAAGCAUUGAUCGCAACGCCGAGCGGGGCCUGGCGCGGCGACAAGAAGGCCUCGUGUCCGGGAACUGUUUGUGAGGGCGGCUGUCCCCCGUUGGGGCGGCCAGAGGAACACCCGCCUCCCUCCCAAAAAGAUGUGAUUUUGCCAGACUUGGGAGUAUCUGAUGACUGCCUAAUAUAUUUUACAGCUACGCCUGUAAGCUGUGUCCCAGAUCCCGCAUUAUUCUCCUGGGACAUUGGGCAGAUCUUACUUCAAAAGAUAGCUGAAAAGGAAGAUGAACUGAAAAAAGCAUUUCAGAUGCUUGAUGUUGGUCAGACCCUGACAGUCACAAAGGGUGAAUUCGGGAGAGUGAUUGAAACCUUUCUCUUCCAUCUAACAGAAACUGAAUUAGACGCUGUGCUGGCAGAGAUCCCAAAUAUUGGCAAAGUUACUGUGUCAUAUCUUGACUUCCUGUCAAAGUUCACUAAAGUUGCUAGAAGUACCAGCAUGCUCAAAAGGUUGAACGGCCACAGCUGUCAAACAAUGACGUUAAGGCAGCUGGAAUCCCUGCUCAAGGAGAAAAUUCCAAAGAAUGUGAAAAACAUUAUCAGGUGCUGCAGACUUUUUGACUACAGCCAUGCAGGAUGGAUACAGAGGCACACACUAAGGCACAUUCUUGAGAUCACCUGUUUUAGGAUGAAGGACUCAGAAUUUCAAAAGCUGUGGAACCAUUACUGUGUUAGAGACUCUAAUGUGAUUGAUUAUAAAGAAUUUCUGAAGAAUUUUGGCACAAGUACAGACAGAGUUAAAGAAAAAAGCACAGAAAAUGAAGUUCCAGCUGACAAAGCUGCAGACUUUGCUAAUUCAGAUUUUUUAACAGCACUAAUCUGCCAGAAAAUGAAAGAGAAGGAACAGAAGCAGAAAAAACUUUUUCUACAGUCUUCACCAGCUGAGCAUGCUGUGACAGAGUGCAGCCUGGCUAGCACUGAGAGGGCAUUUAGAGAAAAGCUGUGUUCAGCCUAUCAGGACAUUGAAAAAGCCUUCAGAGCAAUCGAUGUCAGUCAGAGUGGAUUUGUGUCUUUGGAUUACUUGAAGUCAGUUAUAAAGAGCUUUAUAUUUCCUUUGCCAAAUGAAACUUUUCAAGAGCUAAUGAGUAGAUUUGGACUGAAAGCCACAGGUAAAAUUGCUUGGCAACAAUUUUUAGAAAAAAUCCGGGAUCCUGGUAGCACCUUUGAAAACAGGCAGACAAUUUCCAUGAGAAAAAACCAUAAAGUAAAUCCAACUAGAAGAGAUGAAGCUUUCUCCAGUGACACUGUUCUUUAGAAGCUGCGCAGAUACAUCCAAGAUGCUUAUCCCUCUUUAAAGCAGGCAUUCCUUAUGCGUGAUGAAAAACGAGACGGAAAGAUCAAAAGAAAUGACCUUCGUCACGUUUUAUGUCACUCGGUAUUUCAAAUGAAAGAUAAAGACUUCCAGGAGUUAAUUGAGAUAAUUGAUCCCGAACAGACUGGGUACCUUGACGAUCAUGAAUUUUUAGACUUGUUUGAAGAAAAAGAAUCAGUAAACCAUUCACCAAAGGUCCAAAAAGGUUAUAUCCUGAAACCCACAGUCAAUAUUUCUGUGCAAAUCAAGCAGAUUGAAGAUCAAGCUAACAAAUACGCCCAGAAUAGAACUGUUGAUGAAGUAAUUAAAAGGCUGAAGGACAGAGUGAUACAACAGGCAGCAACUGCUAAAGACAGCUUUUUUGCCUACAACAAGCAAUCACAUGGGAAAAUUAAUAAAGCUGGCUUGCAGAAGGUGUUGGAAGAUCAUGGUAUGCCAAUGGACGACAGUCAAUUUAAUCUACUAACAGAAAAGCUAGGGUUACCAGAUGGAGGGUUGAGUUUUCUGGAUUUUGUGGCAAUAUUGGAAGAUGCCAGAUUGAAUGGGCCAGGAGCUACAUUAUGUAACAGCCCAAACCACAGAGUCAAUGAUGCUAAGUAUCAUUACAUGACUGCUGAAGAAUGUCUCAAUCAACUUAAUAAUAAGCUGAUGGAAGUCUAUGGGGACACCUAUUCUGCCUUCCAUGAAACAGACAGUAACCAUGACGGUAUCAUCAACAUGCUUGACUUUCAGCAAUUCUCAGACAACUUUCUGCUUCGUCUUAGAAAUGAGGAAUUUCUGUGCCUAGAUGGUUUGUCGGGAAUGAACCUGACCUGCACAUUAAAUUACCAAGCACUCUGUCAACUGUUCCACACCCAAGAAACUAAGGAGGUAUCUCCUUGGCUCGUGCCAUCUCACAAAAAAAAACAGAUGAUAACGGAUGCAGAGCUAGCUUGUGAUCACGCUCAUUACUACCUUGUUAUCAAAGCAAGAACCAGAUGGCAUGACCUAGCAAGGAAUUUUCAGGAACUUGACAGUGAAGGAAAUGGCAUUAUACAGCCAAGGGACUUGAAGAAAGUCUUGUUCAGAUUUGGCAUUCCAAUCACCCUGAAAGAAUUUAAGCAGCUUUGGGCAAGGUAUGAUACAGAUGCAAAAUGAUAUCUUACUCACCAAGAAUUUUUACAGAAACUGGGGAUAGAGUUUGCACCCGCUGACACAGGGCUCAGCAAACACAUCAUGGAAGACAGCUAUGCGCAUUUACAAAUACAUUAUAAUAAUCAACAAAGGAAGCAUUCAAAGCUGGAAGAGCGGCAGAAACAGCAAACUAAAGCUCUGCAUGGAAGAGAAAUUCAAAAGCAGAUCAAGGAUAAAUUUAGGGAUUACUUCCAAGAUUUCAAUAAGGCCUUUCAUAAAGCAGAUAAAAAUAGAGAUGGCUAUGUAACAGUAUGUGACCUGCACAGGAUCCUACAAGAAUUCAACUAUUACCUUGAUCAUGAUCAGUUCAGUCAUCUUAUAAACGACUUAGGAAUCAGCAUUCAUGACAGCAAGCUCUCUUAUUUUGAUUUCCUGAGAGCAAUUGAUGAUGGCAGAGCAUCUAAAUACCAACAGAGACAAAAGCAGGCUGCACCACCUGCAAGCUUUGCAGCGCUCAGCUUAGAACAGACCCUAAUUGGGAUAAAAGAAAUAGUUGCAUCAUCUUAUGAUUUGUUGUACAAGGCAUUUUCUCUAUUUGAUAAACAAGACACUGGAGUAAUUAAAGCACUGGAAUUUCAGCGCGUACUUGACUAUUUCUGCUUUAAAUCAUCUGACAAGCAGUUCAGGCAGAUUCUCAAGAACCUUAACCUUUAUUUAGGUCUGAACAUGUGGCAAGCUGAAAGCAGGACCGCAGAUGCAGCCGGAUUGCCCCAACUGGGACAGACUGAGGAAGGGCAAAAAGUCAUUCCACCUAAAUCUUCUUGGGAGCUGUCAGAGAGAGGCAUCCUCUCACAGGUACAAGAAAUAGUGACUGCUGGCUUUAACACAAUUGCACAGGAGUUUAAAGAUAUUGCCUCUUCAAAAGAGAAUACAGUAUCAAAAGAGGAGUUCUGGGAUAUAUGUAACCGACAUCAUCAGCUGACUGAAGAACAAAUACCAGCAUCCGGUCGUCCUCAGACAACAACCACUUAUUCUGCACCUGUCCUUAACUGUGAAACAAUAGAAAAUAAGAUAAGAAAGAACAUCCAACAGUCCUGGAGAGGCAUAUUGAAAGUGUGCAAAGAGAAGGAUGUCAGCAAGCUAGGAGAAAUACCAGUGGCAGAAUUUCUAGAUAUAGCAGAGAAGUUCAAUUUGGAUUUAAGUGAAGGGGAAAUUAAGGAAAUAACAACAAAAUAUGAUUUAAAGAAAAAUGGAAGAUUUGCAUACUAUGACUUCCUUCAGAGUUGUAUCUUGUUGUUAAAACCACAGGAAAGCUCACUGCUACAGAGGGUAAUUAUACAAAAGCCACAAAAACCGCUGAGUCCUGGACCACAAACCAUGUCAUUCUUCAGUGCAAUGCUGAGAAUUCAGCCCCAGAUCUUGCACUGCUGGAGGCCAAUGAAGCGAACCUUUAAAUCCUAUGAUGAAAGUCAUACUGGACUCUUACGUAUUGCAGAUUUCAGACAAGUUCUCCGUGAGUACAGCAUCAACCUAACUGAAGAGGAGUUAUUCAACAUUUUGGAAUACUAUGAUAAAACUUUGUCUUCAAAAAUAUCCUAUAAUGAUUUUCUCCGGGCAUUCAUACAGUAG